UGUCGGAGGCGACUGAGAACGUGAGCCUUAGAAACAAUUCUCAGUUCUCAACUAGGUACUUUCAACAUACAAUCUACAUAUCACCAUCUGAUCUUGAAUCUCAUUCCUUGUCAUCCCAGUUCAUUUGUUCUCGAGAGUGGCAGUCGCUGCCUCAGUCCACCUGCACCGUCGAGUGAAUGACGUGAUUGAACGACAAGUGAGGCGCUCAUCACAACUCAUCGCAAGUCAAUCGGAUAGCCCUUUUCUGCAGCCCUCAUUCAUUCACCUGUGACACAUUCUCUCUACACAUCACGUCACUUGCUCAUGUUGGAUAUGGCGGAGCCAUCACCGAACGAUACCCGGAUAGACUCACUCAAUCCCUCAGACGACGAUGAGUCGUCGCCCGUCGAGAUCACACUCAAAUUCCCUCCGGAGAAGCACAGCCAGAAAUGGGUCUUCUCUUCUUCCGACACCUUUGAGCACCUAAUCCUCUCCCUUUCCCUCGAGUUUCCAUCCUACGACUGGUCCAAGGCGAAAGCCCUCCUCGAGAAGCGCCAACCAGGCCUCAAAUCGCUAUACACCCCCUCCGACGACGCGCAUAUCCCCCUCUCAACCCUCCAUGACACCACCCUCCGGCUGCUCGCCCCGCAGACCUCAGCCCUGUCCUCCCUCCAGCACCAGCGGGACGCCGCGACAAGCUGGCAAGCGAAACGGGCCCUCGCGCGCGCGCGCUACGCACGGCUACCCGCCGCACAGCGCGCCACGGCCGACGACCUGAACUACACCUUCCACACCCUCCGCCCUUUACCCCACCUGCCUAACUCGGCCCGUAGCAUGGCCUUCCUCGAGCGGCUCAAGGCGGACCCGGGCAUCCGCGCGACGAUGCGCAAGCACCGCUUCAGCGUCGGCCUGCUGACCGAGAUGGACCCGCUCAGCCACACGGCGGCGUCGCACGAGGGGGUCACGCGCAUCCUGGGCUUGAACCGCAACAAGGGCGAGGUGAUCGAGCUGCGGCUGCGCACGGACGCGUACGACGGCUGGCGCGACUACCGCGUCAUCCGCAAGACGCUGUGCCACGAGCUGGCGCACAACGUGCACAGCGAGCACGACGCCAAGUUCUGGGCGCUGUGCAAGGAGAUCGAGCGCGAGGUGGAGAGGGCCGAUUGGAAGCACGGUGGCCGGACGGUGGGGGAGGAAGAGUACGCGCCGGAAAGGGAAGGGGGGCAAGACGAAGGGGAGGGGGAGGAGGAGGGAAUGGUCAUGGACCAUGGCGGGUGGGAAGGGGGCACGUAUGUUCUUGGUGGAGGGGCCAAUACGGAGGGGUUGAGCGAGAGGGAGAUCAGAGCGAGGGCGGCAGAGGCGAGGUGGUCGAAUCUGGAGAGGGCGACGAGGCAGAGUGGUGAUGGGAAGGGGGAGUCUGCGCAGGAGAAGAGGGGCUAAGGGGGGUGAUGGUUAGGCGCUUGGAGUUAUUAUCUAUAGGGUCAUAUAUCUAGGUUCUAGAACUGGGACUGCGAAGGGAUCAUGAUCUUGAC